AUGAUGCUACUUGCCGAAAAGAAUGAUGGCGUGACAAUCAAAGGGCGGUGUGUAUUCAAAGGUAACGAGACCCGGGAUUGGUUGUCUCGUGAAAACACUGCAAGUCCCACAGCUUCGCAUGAAGCUAUUAUCUGCACGGGUGUAAUUGAUGCCCAUGAAGGUAGAAACAUCAUGUCAAUGGAUAUACCUAAUGCGUUUAUCCAAACAUUGAUGCCCGAGCAGGAAGAAGGAGAAGAUCGAGUAAUAAUGAAAAUUACUGGGCUGCUGGUUGAUUACAUGAUUGACCUAGAUCCGACGUAUCGGGAUUUUGUAGUAAUCGAAAAUGGAUGUCGAGUGAUCUAUGUUGUGAUCCUCCGUGCUAUUUAUGGGAUGUUACAGGCUUCGUUGUUAUGGUACCAAAAUCUGAGGGCAUCACUGGAAGAAUACGGAUUUGUGUUUAAUGUAUACGAUCCGUGCAUUGCGAAUAUGAUGGUCAACAAAAAGCAAUUGACUAUCAGGUUUCAUGUUGAUGAUGUGCUAGCGAGCCACAUGGAACAAAGAGUUCUUGAGGAUUUCUUUACAUGGAUAAAUGAGAGAUACGGAGGACUAAAGGAAAUGACUUGCACACGUGGACGAGUUCACACCUACCUGGGAAUGACAUUGGAUUAUUCAAAGAAAGGCAAGCUGAAGAUUCGAAUGGACGAUUAUGUUCAAAGAAUGCUCGAUGAGUUUUCUGUCAAGUUUAAAGUGGAUGACAAACAGGAAACACCUGCUGGCAAUAAUUUGCUAGAGGUAGGAAAAGGAAAACUAUUGGAUAAAGAUCAACAGACCGAGUUUCCAUCGGAAAAGAAAGUCUGGUCCUAUUGGUCGGCUUGCUCAUGUCACAUUAGGACAUGGCUUGGUCUGCUUAUGUCACGUGGCCAUGUGAUUUUAUCGCAGCCAUUCGACUGGAACCUUUUCAUAUUUAUUUUUGCCUCUGUGCUAAUGUCACCUUUGCCGUGUGAAAAAAUCACCUACUACUUGUCAUUUUGGGACAGGGUCUAG